AUGGAGGCAGCACGUCGAGUCGAGGAUCCUACGCCGCCGCCCCUCAGAGGCAGCCGAAAGCGCCCUCUGGCAGCAGCAGCAGCAGAAAAAUCGAAGGAGACUACAGCUCUUCUUCACAUCGCCGGAGGCGGAGGCGGCAGGCGAGCGGCGGCGGGGAAGUUUGGAGAGGUGUCUUUUAAGUGUGGAGGACUGGGCAGAUUUGGGCGAGGAUGGGCGGUGCGGAGAAGCGGUGCCUUGUGGAUCCGGGUGCUCUUUUGGUUCGAGCCUCGAACACGGCCGAAGAAUCCCGGGAGGAGAUUCUACAGGUGUCCUUUGAGAGAGGAAAAUGGAGGUUGCGGUUUCUUUGAGUGGUGUGAUAAUCAAUCAUCAGAGUUAGCUUCACAUGGAAGGGCUUCAACUGAGGUAAGGUGUUCAUCAUAUAGUUUGCCAAAAUUGUCCAGUGAACCAAGCUUUAUAUCUCGUCAAGCUUCAUUCUCUUCACGGGCUCAGAACACCUACAGUAACUAUUCUAGCAGCCAAUCUUCUGGUGAAAGAACUGGCUCCUCUUGCUUCAAGUGUGGGCAAGAAGGUCACUGGGCUAGAGAUUGCACCAUAUCAUCAUUCUCCUCCAACUCCUGUGCUGAUAAUGGAGGAAGCAAUCUAUACUCCUCGACCUCAGGCACCGGUUCAGGCUCAGGCUCAGGCUCGUGUUUCAAGUGCGGUAAGUCUGGACACUGGGCUAGAGAUUGUACCAUAUCGUCAUUCUCCGCAAACUCUGCUGACGGUGGAGGAAACUGUCUACACUCAGGCUUGGGCUCGGGCGCCGGUUCUGGCUCUGGCUCUGGCUCAUGUUUCAAGUGUGGACAAUCUGGACACCGGGCUAGAGACUGUACUGGGCAGGAAAUAAGUGCUGUUGCUGUUAAGAGAAAGGCUUCACGUUCUUUCCAGACUCCUUUUGCUAAUAGAUGUAAGUAGGGUAGUAAUGCCUUCAGACGAAAGCUUGUGUGUGCAAAGUCUGAUACUUGAAGGAUGAUGUUUGCUGAUUAUGCUUACUGUUUUUUGUAAAUGAAACUCAGACCGGAAAGCUUGUGUUUUUGCCAGUGAUGCUCUGGUGCAUAAGCUUGUAUGUCGAGGUGCAAUGCAUGGGAGGAUGUUUGCCUGUCCACAUGUUACUACUUGUAGAUGAAACUGCACUUAAAAGUCUA